AUGGCGAUAUCUGCCAUGUCUUCUGAGGCUUGCUUCGGUCCCAGGCUCAACGCUCUGGUACAACGGGCACGCGCGGUAAAACAAGAGACCUCCAUCGACCCGCCUCUCCAAAUACCCGCGCUUCUAAAAGAUAACGAACCCCUUGUGGAGCGCAUAGAGCCCAGAGAUCUCCGCGAACUCACGGCCGAAAGUGCUGCUAAAAGCAUCCUUUAUCCGAUUCUCAACUCUACGCGCAUCAACGACCCUUCCUUUGUCGAUGUGUGGAACCUUCUGGACGUGGUGCAAGGUUGCGCAGACAGAGACCUCUGUUCGAAUCAGCUCGUGCUGCUACUUGCUGAAGAGGUACUAGACAGUCUGUCUAUUGCCGAUUGUCAUGUCGCGUUCAACUAUCUCGAGUCGCGGAGAGAGGCUAUCCUUUCUGGGGGAACCGGAACCACAGGCAGCAAAGAGAUGGUCAUCCUGCGCACGUGUAAUGAGCUGCUCCGUCGUUUGUCGCGCGCGGAAGACCCUGUAUUUUGCGGACGUGUAUAUGUGUUUCUCUUCCAGAGCUUCCCGUUGGGCCACAAGGGCUCCGUCAAUCUGCGAGGCGAAUUCCAUGUUGGAAACGUGACGACAUUCGAAGAUUUUAUCGUGUCAGAGCAAAGUGGUGACCUGGUCAUGCUGGACGCCCCUACUAGUCAGGUCGAGGAUGUCAAGGAAGAAGCCAAACCGGAAGAGACCAAGCCAACAGAAGCUGACAGCCGUACGGAGGAGAAACCAUCAACGAUGGACAUCGACACCCUCUAUCCCGUCUUCUGGUCGUUACAACACUCGUUCUCGAACCCUCCGCGGUUGUUCGACGAUGAAAAAUUCAAACAAUUCCAAACAGCGCUAGAAGCUACACUCGCAAAGUUCAAAGAGGUUCCGAAGGUCAUCCAGUCGGGACCAUCGGCUCGCAAAGCAGGGUCUUCAACUUCAGCGGACGACAGCUAUGACGAAUUCGCCAAUGCUUUCAACCCAAAGUACCUCACUAGUCGCGAUUUGUUCAAGCUUGAGCUUAGCGAUGUUGCCUUCCAACGCCACGUCCUAGUUCAGGCUUUGAUCCUCAUCGAUUUUCUCCUGACUUUAACGGGGACAGCGAAGAGCAAGCCGUAUUAUGAGAAUGCACAGCAGUCAAUGAAGUACAAUUUCACACUGAGUGAAGAAGAUACCGAAUGGGCGUUGGGCAUCAAGAACUCGAUUGCAAAUUACCUGCAGGAUGGUCCGGAUGGCAAAUUCUAUUACCGGGUGGUGGAUACGGUACUUUCCCGGGACAAGAAUUGGGUCAGAUGGAAAAUGGACCGUUGCCAAUCAUUUACGCGCCAGAGAGUCCCUGCUAAGAUGUUUUUGGAGUCGAAGGGGGGAGCGGUAGCUGCGGUUACCAGCAAGAAAGACCGCAAGCCAGGAGGAGUACCGCCAGCGUUGCGUUUCCUGGCCGCUGCUGAGCCAGGAAAGGGGUUGGCGCAGCUGAGACAGCGCGGACAGUUCACCAAGCCAAGUCCGCAGGACUAUACAGCGCGGAUUGAAACGACCGACCAAGAACCCCCAACAGAGGCAGACCCGCGCGAACUAAACGAAAAGAUCACCAGCAGCACGUGGAGGGGUCUCCGCCUGGCUUCACAAAACCAGCUGAGCUUAUUCGAUAGAUUCAACCAUGCAAAUGGUUUGAAGAGCCUCUUUCAGCCGGGCCAGACACGUACUGAGGACAAGGGUGGCGAACCACAGCCAGAGCAGACCGUAGAGGAGCCGCGGGCCGAUGAACAAAGCAUUGUGGCUUGA